GGCAAGGAGCUUAUUCUAAUACUUACAACCCUUCAUGGAGAGACCAUCCUAAUUUCUCCUAUUCAAAUCCAAAUGUGGCUUUACAAGACAAUCAACAAAGAGGAUCCUAUCAAAACACCUUUGGCCGUGACCCUCCACCUCAUUUGUCUCAAGGUAGCUCUUCUCAAAGCUACAAUCCAAGUGGUAAUUCUCUUGCACCUUCAUCUAAUUCUUAUAGUGAUAGGAGGCUUGUUCCAAUUGAGAGUUCUUCUAAUUCAAACUCUUCUAAUGAUGUGAAUGUGUUACGUAAGCAGUUGAUUGAAAUGAACUCCUUGUAUAAAAACAUGUAUGAUGGCUUAGGGAACAAGGUAGAGAGUAUGGGUAACAAGUGUGAGAACAUGAACUCUAAAAUUGAUGCCCUUACUUCUCAAAUGAAUAUGCUUGCUAACCAAUUAAGUGCAGCCAAUGCUCAAGCCUCUACAUUACCAUCCAACACCGUUGCUAAUCCUAAAGCUAAUCUUAAUGCUAUCACAUUGAGGAGUGGCAAGGAGUUGGGAGAAAGAGUACAAGAAGACAAAAGACAAGGGAAGGCCGAGAAGCCCUCUUUAAAUUCUUCAAUUGAUGUUAAUGUUUCUAGUUCUUCUUUUGCUCCUAAUGAUGCAUCUUUUUGUAGAGAUGAUGAGGAUGAAAACAUUGAGGAGAUCAUAUGUGAGCAACCACCAUCUAAGGUGAAAAAGGGGACUAUGGCCGAGUUGUUUAGUAAGGAAAAAGAGGGAGAGGCCGAGCAAAGUGAAACAAGAAAGGAGAGUUCAAGGAAGGAAGAAGGAAAGCAAAGUCAAGAGAUUAUGAAGAAGCUUCCUUUUCCACAAGCACAAGUGGUCCCUAAGCAAGUAAAGGGACAAUUUGAUCAAGAGGUGGCAUGUGACUUGUGCAUCAAUUGGGCAAUUGAGGAACUUGCUCAACUUGAAGAGGCUAAUAUGCAAGGCUUACAAGAAAUUGAGGACAAGUCUCAAGAAGGGGAGAAUUUGGAGGACUUAAAGCAUGAGGAAAUAGAAGUUUAA